ACUACUCAAAGCCAUUACAGCAAUACAUGCUAGUGCUAAUCCAUAUCUCUAAACAAAACAAUAAGGAAAACAAACAAAAGCAAAAAUUCUUAUCCUUAUAAGCAUGACUUCUCCGCCACAGGCUAAUCGGAGAAAAUUCUCCGGUAAGGCCCCGCUGAAUUCUUGUCGUAAACUCCAUAAUUCACAGCCAGAGAAACACUCUGGCAAUGUUGAUCGUCGGUUUGUCUCAACUCCUAUGAUGCCGAAGAUGCAAACUAAUGACACUGUUCUUAGGCCAUCAAAACUGCUACUGAAGGUGACAAUCGAAAACAGCUUGGGCGCAAUUCAGAUGUUGAUGUUGUCUGAGGACACAGUUGAAGAUUUGAUAAAGGCAGCGUUGGUGUUUUACGAGAAGGAUAAGAGGAGGCCAAUUUUGAAGAACACUGAUCCAAGGUGUUAUGAUCUUCACUACUCGCAAUUCACUUUCCAAAGCUUGAAACGAGACGAGAAGUUAGUGGGCUUGGAGUCAAGGAAUUUCUUUCUCUGCUCAAAGCCACCUGUUUCUUCAUGCACCAUGCAGAAUGAGAAUAUGGCAAUGGAUUCUUCAUUUCCUUGGAUGAUUUUACUCAAUUUUCUGCUAUAAAAUACCGUAGGCAUAUAUAUAUAUCACUUCUCCUGCAGUGAAUUUUAUGGAAUUAUAUAAAUAUCUCACAUAUGAGAAAUUAAAAUUAAUCACUUCUUACUAAGUAGUAAUUAACAUUCGGCACGAAAUUUUACAUAUGUCUUCCUGCCCAGUAUGUAAUGAAAUUUCUUGUAUCAAUGAUA